GUUUAAAGAAUAUGUCACUACAAUUAUUCUACUAUUUUGUCUAAAUUCUAUUUACUCGUUUAUUUCGUAGCAAGUAAUUCCAAUUUUAAAAAUAUAGUUUUCAUCCGUUAUGCGAUAGUAUUUCAAAUUUUUCUUCAGCUUCCUCGAAUAAGAACUGUGAAUAAAGACUUCCCGGGACUUCAGUAUAGAAUAUUGUUUACCCGUUCACUCGGGAAGUCUGUGAAUUCAGUGGUGCAUCCGAGCAUCUUGAAACCGGAACGUACUUAGUCGCGCGCGAAUACGUCCAUUACUGAAAUUUUUACUAACAAAUAUCCUUCUCCCGUGACACUUUAAGGGUGCGCAGUAAUAUAUACCUCUAGUAACAAGUGUUGGACUAACAUCACUUCCCAGUACUUAGACGAUCUACGUUCGGGCCUGGCCGGCACCGGUACUGAUCAAAGAACUCUGGGAUUACCAGAAGAUGUACAUUGAAGGAUGAAGAUGAUGCCAGUCUCAGGUCUGAUCAUCUAGGAAUUUUCUGUACAAUUUCAGCUAAUCCCGAUCAAUAGUAGAGUAGCUACCAGACGUGGACGUUCCCUUCGGGCCUGUUCUUAAAAGUCGGUUAUCACAGUGAUUGCGUAGCCCUUCCUUUCAUUACUAGGCGACCUUGAACAACUGGGUUUAAUCAAUGAAGAUAACAUGCGAUAGAAUGUUUUCGUUUCAAAUAUGUGUUAAUGAUUAUACUGACGCAUCAGUCUUGCGUGGCCUGCAACAAAAUUGCUCCAUCACCGAGCUAAGUUUUGCGCGUAGUGCGAUCCGAGAUGAAGGUUGUGAGUUAGUUUGCAAUACCGUAAUGCAUCUACCAAAAAUAGAAUCCUUAAAUCUCUCAGCUUGUCAUCUGACGGCCAGAGGUUGUCAUUCAGUAGCCGAAUUGAUCAAAUAUCAAAAAAUACAGCGCUUUGCUCAGAGUUGGCAACAUUCACUUCGAUAUAGAAAUAUAGACACCAACAAUAUGCAAGGAUUGCGAAAUAUAUUGCUAAAUGGUAAUCGAAACAUCGGAGAUGAAGGAUUGAUAGAACUAACAGAGAUUCUAAAGGAUGAUGAAUGGAUCCGGCAAGUGCAUUUGAGAAACUGUGGUCUCACUGACAAGGGUGCUAAAUCUUUGGUAGACUGUUUAAAUAUUAACAAGACAAUUGAAAAGUUCGACAUCCGUGCAAAUUUGGGAAUCUCGAAUGAAACCUGUUACGAAACUUUAAUAAAGCUUGGAGUUGAGGUGGAAUCUUCAGACAGUAACCAAUCAUUUACGACCGGAACAGCCGGAGGAAAAAAGUUGAAACCUUCGGAACAAAUAAAAUUUUUACAGCACCAGCUGGCGGCCGAGCGACACCGAAGUACACAGCUUCAAUUGAUGGUAGAAACAUUGCAUCUACAGCAGACAGAGUUUAACACGCAGAUGAACAAGCUGAAGCAUGAUUUCAACCAGAUUGUUCAUGAGCGUGACGACUUACUUAUUCAAAGACAGAACAGAAACAAGGAGCGCCCAAAAAGUCGACGAUCCAACGCACGUAAAUGUAAAAGUGAGGCUCUACCGAAGCCGUGCCAGUUGUUCAGUCCAAGACGAGUCACUAGUCAGCGCAAUGACGGUAUCAUCGGUAUAACUAAGUCGGAGAUUUUCCUUCGUGCGAUGCGCGAUCCGCACUCAGAAUUAGAAACAAUCAGCACGAGACAGCCUAACCGAUCUCACAUGCUGGAGCGAGCAAUCGGAGAUGGUGGCCUAACUAGUCAACUAAACGAUAUCACUGAGCUAAACGAAGAAUUGGGGGCUGUACAUAACAGUUUCACUGAAGGUGGUUGUGGAGACAACAUUAAAGUUACAAAAGUGGGGCAGUUUGGGGCAUUCCGAAAAGAUUCACUACACGAACAACUGAACGAAGGAACAAGUGAUGAGGACUAUUUUAUAAAAAUUGGCGAGGCGGCUGACCACUGGACAAGUAAGAAAAAAACUAAUGGUUACGUAACCAGUAACGACGAAGAAGAUGAUUUGGACGAGACAAGUGCCAAUUCAUUCUCCGGAGCAGAUCUGUUGAAAAUGAUUGUGAAAAAAUGUUCCCCUGAACAUACGAUUGAAACGCAAUCAAUGUGCAUCAAAAAUUGACACGAACCAUAUUGUUCCAAGUAACAUAAUUAUAUUUCCGAAGCAUUUUCAUACAUAUGAAAAUAUAAAACAACUAAAUUUUCGAUGAUUUAAAUUGGUGUUUUUGUGGAAAUUUGUGUUUCUAUAUGAAUUAAUCACACACAUUUAAAACCGUUUGUCGAGCUUGGCAUAAUGAAAUUAAUGAGUUAAUUUAGCACGCAAAAGCCAAUGGAUAUGGAAUGUUGUAAAACUAUUUUUUUUCGGAAAACUACUUUUUUAACUGAAAAUAUUUAGUUUUGUUUAUUUUGUGUAGCGCAAUCUAAUACAAAUCCAUUGAAGCAGUGUUGCUAACUUUUUUUAUUAGGGAAUUGAAAUCUGCAUUCAUAAAAUGUAAGCAAUUUUCCAUCAAACGUUAGUGAAAAAUUUAUCAAAACUAAUAUUUCAUCCAAAAAGUCUGGCUUAACGUUCGUUUGAGAAUAAAUUAUUGCUAAAAAAGAUUGUUUGAAACUCAAUUAUGAAAGCCUCUUUGAUAAAUUGGUUACACUGCAUAUAAGAAUACAUAGAUCUAUGACAUACGUACCAAAUAAAAUGUACGUAAUACACAAAUUACCAACACAAGUUAACUUGGGUUACUCUUGAUCUUUAAGGUCAUUCGCCUCUUCGGACCAGAAAAACUUUCUGCGGGGUUGGGAAUGUGUUGUAACAGAUAGCUGAAACCAUCAUUAUUAAGAGAAGGCAAAGAUGAAAAAAUUACAUUGUAACGAGAAAGAAAC